GGGUCCUGAGCACUGUCAGUGACAGGCUUCUACAUAACUAAGGCGUCUGAGUUUCUUCCCGCUUGGUGUAGGGAAUCAUGUCAACUGAAUACUCUGUUUUGUGAUUCUUGGCUUUCCAAGCAAUACAGGAACUUGGUGUGUGCCUUGCCUAGUUUCACUUGAUACUCUUCAGGAAUUAUGUAGAAAAGAAAAGCUCACAUGUAAAUCGAUCGGAAUCACCAAAAGGAAUCUAAACAAUUAUGAGGUGGAGUACUUGUGUGACUACAAGGUAGUAAAGGAUAUGGAAUAUUAUCUUGUAAAAUGGAAAGGAUGGCCAGAUUCUACAAAUACUUGGGAACCUUUGCAAAAUCUCAAGUGCCCGUUACUACUUCAGCAGUUCUCUAAUGACAUGCAUAAUUAUUUAUCUCGGGUAAAGAAAGGCAAAGUAAUAACUCUAAAAGACAAAGCUCUGAGGCCAGCCAUUGCUGAAUAUGUUGUAAAGAAGGCUAAACAGAGGAUAGCUUUGCAGAGAUGGCAAGAUGAACUCAACAGAAGAAAGAAUCAUAAAGGAAUGAUUUUUGUUGAAAAUACUGUUGACUUAGAGGGCCCACCUUCAGACUUCUACUACAUUAAUGAAUAUAAACCAGCUCCUGGAAUCAGCCUAGUAAAUGAAGUGACCUUUGGGUGUUCGUGCACAGAUUGCUUCUUUGAGAAGUGCUGUCCUGCCGAAGCUGGAGUUCUUUUGGCUUAUAAUAAAAACCAACAGAUUAAAAUCCCGCCUGGUACUCCCAUUUAUGAAUGCAACUCAAGGUGUCAGUGUGGACCAGACUGUCCCAACAGGAUUGUACAGAAAGGCACACCAUAUUCACUGUGCAUUUUCCGAACUAGCAAUGGCUGUGGCUGGGGUGUCAAGACGCUUGUGAAGAUUAAAAGAAUGAGUUUCGUCAUGGAGUAUGUUGGAGAGGUAAUCACAAGCGAAGAAGCUGAAAGACGUGGGCAGUUGUAUGACAAUAGAGGAAUCACAUACCUCUUUGACCUGGACUAUGAAUCUGACGAAUUCACAGUGGAUGCAGCUCGAUACGGAAAUGUGUCUCAUUUUGUGAACCACAGUUGUGAUCCAAAUCUUCAGGUAUUCAAUGUUUUCAUCGAUAACCUCGAUACACGUCUUCCCCGAAUAGCAUUAUUUUCCACAAGGACCAUAAAUGCUGGAGAAGAGCUGACUUUUGAUUAUCAGAUGAAAGGUUCUGGAGAUAUAUCUUCAGAUUCUAUCGACCACAGCCCAGCCAGAAAGAGACUCAGAACUGUGUGUAAAUGCGGGGCUGUGACCUGCAGAGGCUACCUCAACUGACACUUCAGGAAAUGCUACUGACGUUAACGAACAGCCUAUGAUAUUUGAGACUCUUCCUCUUAUCAAGACCACAUGCAACGUUAAUUUAUAGUUCAUGUGUCUCAUUAUUGGCCAAAUAUAUUUCUGAUGCUUCUGGAAAAGAAAAAACAGGCCCCCCGAGGUGACAGAAUAUAUGUAUCAGG